AAGCCCGGCCCAUGACUCCGCUGCUUCCAGCGUCUAUAAAAUCAGAGCAACUUCACACACACGCACUCUCUGUCUCUCUCUCUCUCUCACACACGCACAGAGACAUUCUCAAGGACACGGACAACUCUCACAUACGCUUGUAUUCCAGGUUCCUGCUGAGAUGAGCAUCUCGGUGUCUGUCCUCCUGCUCUCACUGUGUGUCCUGGUCACAUGCUCCUCAGCCCAGAAAAGCUGCAGAGGACGAUGUGGAGAAACUUAUUCCCGAGGCAAUCAGUGCCAGUGCGACUACGAGUGCCUCUCACACAACGAGUGCUGCAAGAACUACGAGUCUGUUUGCACUGCAAGGGACUCCUGUAAAGGCCGAUGUGGUGAGGGCUUUAAGAGAGGGAGACAGUGUCACUGUGAUAUCGAGUGUAUUAAAUACGGCCAGUGCUGUCCAGACUACGAGACCCAGUGCAACACUGAGGAUUCCUCAACGGAAGAAGAGUACAGCGAGCUUGAGGUGACCACGCCUCUGGACGACAUGGCGAAUGAAGAUGUUGUAAGCGGUACCAAGCCCUCUCCUUAUGACACUGCGGAGCUUUUGGACCCGGUUGAAGACCACGUGGCACCUCUCCCUUCUCUGCCUGAUUUUGUAACAGUGCCAAGUACGAUUGGUUCUCCUGUGCCUGAUGAGGACCGUGAAGAACCUCAGGAUAAAUUUGAACCUGAGCAACUUUCUCCUAACAAUUUUCCUCCAGCCUCAACUAGGCAGGCUGUCACCAGACAAACUUCAGAACAGUAUCCGGCUAUGACAAGUCCAGCAGACGGCACCACUGCACCUGCACAGACUGACCUGAACACAGAAACAACCACUCCACUUACCACAGAGCCCAAAAGCACCGCUGCAGAUGAUAAUCCUGAAAUACCUGCUUCUAAACCAACUGCGAGAAAUCCUCAGUCUGUCUCUGAACUGGAGCAACUUUCUUAUAAUGCCUCAGUUCCCACUGUUCCUCCUGAGAUGGCCUCAACUACACCAAAUUCCACACUAACAUCUCAGAGCACCUCAGAGCCCAAACCCACACCUUCAGCCACUGCUCAGGCCAAUAAUCCAGACCUUAAACCUUCUAAUCCUGUCCAAUCUGAAGACAAACAGGACCUAAAGGUAAACCUUGAAGAUCAGACAGAGGCUCAGUUGGAAGCCAGUGAAAACACAACCUCGGGAGGAGUGGAGAUCCUGAAAACGCUCUCAACAGACAAGCCUACCACUGCCAAAAUAACAACAGCAGCACAAAAUGAAAACCGGGAAAUAAAGGGCAUUCUUUCUACGAAGGAUUCUCCAGCUUACCCUGCAUUAACAGAAAGCACCCCUGCUCCUGCGACGGUCAGCUCUUCUCCAAUUAAAGUGCAAGAAAAUCCCACGAAACCAAAAGACACUAACAACAAUCUUCAGGACCUUCAGGAUUAUCAGGCAGAUGCCAACAGCGACACUGAUCUCUGCAGCGGGCGUCCGGUUAACGGCUUGACUACGCUUAGGAACGGCACCAUCGUGGUUUUUCGAGGACACUACUUUUGGAUGCUGGACUCCAGAAGAAACGCUGGGCCUGCUCAAUCAAUCACAGACUUCUGGGGAAUACCUUCUCCCAUCGACACGGUCUUCACACGCUGUAACUGCCACGGCAAGACCUACAUCUUCAGGGGGGAUAAAUACUGGAGGUAUGAGAAUGACGUUAUGGACGCCGCCUUCCCCAGACCCAUCAGUGAGGGCUUUGGACUCGGGGGUCACAUUGUCGCCGCUUUAUCCAUGCCUCAGUACAGAAGCAGGAGAGAGUCCGUGUUAUUCUUUAAAAGAGGUGGACUGGCUCAGAGAUACACCUACCUCAACACACCUGAGUGCGGCAGCAAGUCAGCUGCAGUCACAGUAAAGAGGAGAUUCAGAAAGGAAGCAGUCCCCAAGCUGGGUCAAGAGAUCGUCAUUAGCAGGACCUGGGUAGGCUUUCCACCCACAGUGACGUCAGCGGUGUCCGUACGCGCUACAGGAGGGGACGGAUACAAAUACUACGCCUUCUCCCCGACCAAGUACUACAGUUUAAAGAUGGAAGGCGACACUCCGGUCGUUCUCACGCCGAGGGCUGGACCACAGCAGCAAAAAUCGGCCAAAAGUUGGUUCAGGUGUCCAGACACGAGUAAAGUGUAGAACAUAGUCUUAAUCCUACAGACACACACUGAUGCUUUCACACUUGUCUCUCCCCCUCACACACGUCUUAAAUGUAAUAAUGUGGGAAGCAGGAGUUUUUAAAAAGGCAGUGCAUUAUACUUAUUAUUAUUAUUAUUAUUAUGCGUUAGUGGGACACUUCUGAAGUUCAAGUGCAUUGUCUCCUGACCAAUCAGGUCACAGGUUGGGGGGCAAAUGGGAAAAACAAAAACACGGAGUUUGCCAGUGAAUAAGGAUAUUUAUGACAUGUUGGAUAGAAAAUAUUCCAACAUUACAAUACAACUGGACUAUUUUUGGAGCAUUUACUGGUAAACAGCUCGACAUUCCACUUUAACUGUGCCAGCAUACGGCCAAAUCACACAAACAGCUCCUCUUGUGCCAUAGCGGAAGCUACGACGAGCUCCUUCUCCUCAACACAGAUGAUUACGCUUACAGGUCAUGACUAAUGAGUCUCUCUUUGUUCAGAUCAGAACAGUUUCCUGUCCCGCAUGUUCUGUGCCAAGUGUAAAAGCAAACACACACACACA